AGCCUCUGUCCAUCCAUCUCUUUUUUUCUCUACCGCAUUCUCGUUCACUUUUGACACCAACAUGCCCCCCAACAAAGAAACCCAAAUUCGCACCCUCUGUAUCUACUUCCGAUUGACCGACCCCCUCCUGUAUCGGUUUGCCCUCUCUUCCCGACUCAGAGACGGUCUCCCCUUCGUGUUCGCUGGAAGUGAUCUGCUCACAGCACCCGGCCCGUGGUCUGACCCGUAUCAGUGGUGCGUGGGAUGCGUGUUCGGUGUGCGUGAGCGUGUAUCUUGUCUUCUGUCAUGUGUGAGUGUCUGCGAGGGAUCUUCCGUGUCACCUGGACACCCUCUUCAGAUGCAGAGUCUGACAGAGAGGACAGUCAUGGGAAUCCACAAGCCAGAGAUUCACCUGUAAACAACAAAAGACGCUCUCCUCCCUCAGACAAGCCUCCCUUUGGCGCUCAUCUAAGUACACAGCACAGCAUCUCCGCUGAUGAACAGGACAGCCCAGAGCGAAUUGUUCAAAAGGAAAAACUCCAUGCAGAACUAAAACAGGUUUUGAGUCAGAAGAGAAGCCAGCUUAGAGACACCCAAUCCACCCUCACAGACAUGGAGGAACCCCCCAAGACAGGCAGUAAGAAUGAGGUGGAGAAGGAAAAGCAGUUGUCAGAGCUUGUGGAAGUGGUUGUUGAAACACAGGCUGAGGUUGGAGCUAGUGGGUACAGUGUUGUGGGUGGAGGGGAGCAAGGCAUCUUCAUCAAAGAGGUCUUGAAAGACUCCCCAGCAGCAAAGCACCUCAGUCUACAGAAAGGAGAUCAACUUCUAAGUGCCAGGGUGUAUUUUGAUAACGUGAAAUAUGAGGACGCAUUAAAAAUUCUUCAGUGUGCAGAACCCUACAAAGUGUCUUUCUUUUUGAAGAGGACUGUGCCAGGAAGUGAAGUCAGCAUACGUCCAGGUGCACAAAAUCUUGAGCUCAGAGGACCUAAGGCCAAGAUGCAAAAAAUGAGCGUCAAAAGCGAGAAACCGUUCAAAACCAAGAAAAGGAGAGGAGGAAGAUUUGGAUUGAAAAGACUGAAAGAGAACAAAAAAGCAACAGCACAGGCAGAGCUGGAUGUUGAGGGCUCACCUGGUAGAUCAGACCUCAGUCCUGUUGAUGUUGAGUUCGUAUUCCCGAAGUUCAAGAUGAGGAAAGGUGGGAAGGCCACUGCAGAUGGAUCAGAACAUCUGGAGGGUGUUAUUACUAGUACUAAGAAGAAGAGGAAAAUCAGAUUUCUAAAGAUGAAGGCCAUGGAUGCUGCUGUGGCUGAAAAGAAUGUCAAUGAAGAUUUUUCACCACAUGAGGGAGAGGCCUCUAGUGCAAAGCUGAAGGCCAAGACGAAAGGUCCAAAAUUUGGAAUGAAUUUCCUUAAAAUUAAAAAGUCAAAGUUAGAUGUACAAUCUUCAAAUGACAGUUUUGAGGUGAAAGAACUAGAAGCCAAAUUUAAGCCUCCAUCAGUAGAGUGUGAUUUCAACAUGCCUCAGGACAAAGCUGAAACUAAUGUUCCUAAUCUUGAGGUUAGUGUUAAAGGAAAAGGAGAGGGUCCUGAGAUAAAAAUAUCGAAGAUAAAUCUGGAUGUCUCAGAUACAAUGGGGACAGUCCCAAAGUUGAAACUGCCAAAGGUAAGACUUUCUUGUCAUUCAGAUGAAAUGGAUGGAGAGGCAAGGAAAGAAACUGAUACAUCUGAAAAUAAACUGAAAAUGCCCAAGAUUGACAUCAAAGCACCAAAUGUGGAUUUAGACUUGCAUUUCCCAAAGACUAAGGGCAAGGCAGAAUUCAAACUUGUUGAAGUUCCUGAUUGCAAUGUAAAAGGAACAAAAAUCAACACAGCCACGCCUGACACAUCCUUACCAGUGCUAAACCUUGAUGCAAAACAAAGAUUUGGAGAUGACAUUGAUGGAUCCAUGGACAAAGAGCAUAAGAUUUUCCUCCCCAAACCUGACAUUGCAGUGCCCAAGAUAGAAACGUCAUGUCUUCCUAUAUUAGAUGUGUCAUUACCAAAGAUGACUGCAAAAAACAUUGAUACUGAGGGACAUGCAAGUACUGGGGUAAAAUAUGGAAUGACAAAAUUAGACAUCUCUCUUCCAAAAAUAACAUCCCCUGAGGGUGAAGUCAUAGUUGAAGAACCUGGACCAAAAGGUGGAACAUUUCACAAGUCAAAUAUUUGCAUUUCGUUACCAAAAGGUAAAGGUGAAGCAAAGGUGGAUGGUCAUUCUGAGAAAGGACCAAAUGUGAAAAUGCCACAAAUAGACAUUUCCCUCCCCAAAAUGAAAUUACCACAAGGGAAAAUUGAUAUAGAAGGGCCUGAGGUUGACAUUUCCUUGCCGAAAGACAUGCUAGAGGCAUGUGCAGAUGUUGAGGGCCACUUUGGAAAAGGGGAAAAGAUUCAAAUGCCUAAAGUAGAUGUCUCCCUACCUAAAGUGAAAUCACCUGAGCAUGCCAUUGCUGAGGGGCCUGAUAUAAAAGCAGGAAAAUUGAGUAUGUCAUCAAUUGAAAUUUCACUUCCUAAAGGCAAAACUGAGGGAAAUAUUGAGAUUGGAGACCCAUCUGUGAAAGGAGGCAAAUUUAAAAAACCACAUCUAGAUGUCUCGAUUCCAAAAAUGAAAUUAUCCAGAGGUGCAAUCAAUACUGAGGAUCCAGAGGUCAAAAGUGAGAAAUUCCAAAUACCACCCAUUGAUAUAUCAUUACCAAAAGGAAAAAUAGAGGCCAGAGUUGAGGUCGAGGGUCAUUCUGGAAAUGCAAACAUGCCCAAAAUUGAUCUAAAUAUGUCACUGCCAGAGGGUAAACUCGAUUCUCAGAGUCCUGAUGUAAAAAAGUUUAGCAUCCCCGGAGCUGAUAUUUCAUUACCAAAAGGAAAAACAGAUGAACAGAUUAAUCUUGAGGUUGAGAAGGGAGAUACGUUUCAGAUUCCUAAAUCUGAUAUACGUCUACCUAAACUCAAAUCAGGAGAAGUUGAUUUUGAUGUUAAAAGAACCAAUAGGAAGUUUCACAUGCCAGCAAUUGAUAUUUCCUUGCUACAUAAAAAAGACGAAAGAUAUGUUAAUGUGGAACCCUCUGGUAAAUGUGGAAAGGUUGAUAUCUCUCUGCCUGCAGUGAAAGAUUCUGGUGUUGAGAUUUCCUUGCCAAAAAUGAAGUCACCACAAGGUGACAUCAGUAUUGAAGGGCCUGACAGCAAAAGAUUCAAUAUGCCAUCCGUUGAUAUAUCAUUUCCAAAAGUAACUGACACAGGUGAUGUUGAUCUCAAGAGACAUUCAGGAAAAAUAGGAAAGUUUGAUAUUCCAAAACUGGAUAUUUCCUUACCAAAAUUUGAAUCAACCAAAGGGGAACUCAGUGUGGAUGGACCUGAAUUCAAAGGUGUUGAGUUAAAUAUACCUUCUUAUAAUAUCUCCUCAGCAGAGGUUAAAACAGACGGUGAUGUUUGUCUGGAGGGAAAUACCAAAAAGGGCACAAAAUUUCAAAUGCCAAAAUUGAACAUUCAUUUACCGCAAAUAAAAUCAGCAGGGACUGAAAUAAAUAUUGAAGGACCUGAAUUGAAGGGUGGGAAGAUAGAUAUCCCAGAUGUUGACAUUUCUCUUACACAAGGAAAGGUAAAGGGAGAUGGCAAAGUUAAUGUCAGUAAGGGGGGCAAGUUUCAUUUGCCUCAAGUUGAUUUGUCACUUCCAAAGAUUAAAACAAGAUCUGUGGAAGUCAAUGUAGAAAGACCAGAUGUAAAAGGAAGCAAAGUUUACACACCUUCCCUUGACAUUUCUUUGCCUAAAGAUAAAACUGAGAAAAACACUGUUAUAGAAGGCCAUUCUGGAACAGGUAUAAAGUUUAAAAUGCCAAAAACCGAUGUUUUAUUGCCAAAAGUAAAAGCUACAGAAGGAGAAAUUGGAACUGAAGCUCCUCAGAUCCAAGGAGGAAAGUUAAAUAUGCCAUCUAUUGAAAUGUCCUUUCCAAAAGGGAAGGUGAAAGGAAACACUGACCUUGAUGGCAAAAAAACAAAUUUGCCUAAAUUUGUUAUUAGCUCACCUAAGAUUAAAUCUUCAGGUGGAGAAAUCAAUACUGAUAUCAAGGAUGGAAAGUUUCACAUGCCCUCUAUAGAUAUCUCUCUGCCAGAAGGAAGAACAGGAGGAGAUGUGACUGUCGAAGAGCAUGAAGGCAAAGGAAGAACAUUUGAAAUGCCUAAAUUAGAUGUUUCUUUGUUUAAAUUAAAACCAUCAGGGGGUGAAAUCGACAUUGAAGUUCCCGAUAUCAAGGGUGGAAAGUUUCACAUGCCCUCUAUAGAUAUCUCUCUGCGUGCAGGAGACGCAGGAGGAGAUGUAGAUGUUGAAGGACAUGGAAGAAAAGGAAGAAAAUUUGAAAUGCCUAAAUUAGAUGUUUCCUUGCCUAAAUUAAAACCAUCAGGAGAUGAAAUCAACAUUGAAGGUCCCGAUAUCAAGGGUGGAAAGAUUGACAUGCCCUCUAUAGAUAUCUCUCUGCCUGCAGGAGGCGCAGGAGGAUAUGUAGAUGUUGAAGGACAUGAAAGAAUAGGAAGAAAAUUGGAAAUGCCUACAUUAGAUGUUUCCUUUCCUAAAUUAAAACCAUCAGCAAGUGAAAUCGACAUUGAAGGUCCCGAUAUCAAGGGUAGAAAGAUUGACAUGCCCUCUAUAGAUAUCUCUCUGCCUGCAGGAGGCGCAGGAGGAGAUGUAGAUGUUGAAGGACAUGGAAGAAAAGGAAGAAAAUUUGAAAUGCCUAAAUUAGAUGUUUCCUUGCCUAAAUUAAAAACAUCAGGAGGUGCAAUCAAUGUUGAAAGUCCCGAUAUCAAGGGUGGAAAGUUUCACAUGCCCUCUAUAGAUAUCUCUCUGCCUGAAAGAGGAGCAGGAGGAGAUAUAAAUGUUGAAGGACAUACGGGAAAAAGAAGAAAAUUUGAAAUGCCUAAAUUUGAUGUUUCUUUGCCUAAAUUAAAACCAUCAGGAGGUGAAAUCAACAUUGAAGGUCCCGAUAUCAAGGGUGGAAAGUUUCACAUGCCCUCUAUAGAUAUCUCUCUGCCAGGAGGAGGAGCAGGAGGAGAUGUAGAUGUUGAAAGACAUGCAGGAAAAGGAAGAAAAUUUGAAAUGCCUAAAUUUGAUAUUUCUUUGCCUAAAUUAAAACCAUCAGGAGGUGAAUAUACCGAUAUCAAGGGUGGAAAGUUUCCCAUGCCCUCUAUAGAUACAUCUCUGCCAGGAGCCACAGAAGGAGAGCUUGAUCUGGGUGGUGACACUAAAAAAGGUUUAAGAUUUCAGAUGCCCACUGUUAUCUCUAUCCCUAAAAUGAAACUAACAGAUCAUGAACUAAAAGUUUGGUCAGAGAAGAAAGACAUAGACAUUUCAGUACCUAAACUGACUCAUGAUUCUGAUAUAGCGACCAAAGCUACUGGUGUCAAAAUUAGAGAUUUAAAUGUCCCUGAAGUAACUUUAGGUGGGAACAUCAAGCUGCCAAGUGUGAAAAUACCAACUGUUGACAUAUCUGCUCCUAAAGUUGACCUGGACUUUACUCUUUCAAAGGGAAAGGGCAGUGAUAGAGAAAACAUUGAACUUCUUAAGGCGGAGGAUGGAAGGCCAUCAUCUGGGGCGAGUUUUGAUGUACCAGACGUCUCUAUGAAAAUGCCCAAAAUAUCAUUUCCUAAAUUUGGCAGAAAAUUGAAAAGUGGAGACAAACUAGAACUAGACAGUCCUGACUUAUCUAUAGAUUUGGACAUGGAAAGAACAUUACCAUCAGUGGAAACAUCUAAAAAGGAUACUGAAAUAAUUGGUACUGCCGCUGAAAUGAAGAUAAAAGCAGGUGCUGGAGAAAUUACAAAACCAGAAAUCAGAGUAGAGGGUCCUGAUGUUAAGGUCAAAUCCAAGCUCAAAUUCCCCAAAUUCAUGACACCUAUUCCCAAAGCAAAGCUCAAAGAUGUGGAAAUGGCUAUGCCUGGAUAUGUGGAUAACAAAGGAAAGGUCAGAAUGCCAGCAGUUGAGAUAUCAUUGCCAACAGCAAAUAUUCCAGAAUGUGAGGUAUUUCUUCCUAAAACUGAGGUUGAUGUAUCUGAAGCAGAUAUCAGAGGUUAUGAGGGCAGUUUAAAAAUUCCUAAGAUGCCAACAAUUGGCAUAUCAGUUCCAAAAGUUGAUUUGGAUGUUUCCUUGCCUAGGUUAAAACUUCAUGAAUCAAUAGACUCUUCUGACUUACACAUUAAUAGUAGUAGGGGUACAGUAAAUCUUCCCCAUGUCAAGAUACCUAAAGUAGACAUUUCACUUCCUCAUGGAAAAACAGGUGACAUAGAUAACCAUGAGGUGGAGAUUGGAAGGAAGGGUAACAUAAGAAUGCCAGAAGUGGAAAUAUCAUUACCAGAUGCAAAACAUGACACAUCUAAUGCUGACAUUAAAGGUGAAAAGCUAAAAAUACCAAAAAUGUCCGUGCCCAGUCUUGAUAUAUCAUUACCUCAUGGAAAAAUAACGAAAAAUGAUGAUCCUGAUUUAGAAUUUGGAGUGAAAGGGAGUAAAUUAAAAAUGCCAGACAUUACGGUGCCUAAGAGAGAUGUAUUGCUACCUCACAAAAGCAAAGAAGAAAGUCAUGCACCUGAUUUAGAACUAGAAGGUGGAAAAUUAAAGAUGCCAACAACUGAUAUAUCCCUUCCUAAAAUAAAAUCUAAAGACGUUGUUCCAGAAAUUCAACCAGAUGUAGGAAAAGGUAAAGUCAUGAUCCAUGGAAUUAAACUACCAACAAUAGAGGACACUAAUGACCUUGAACUGGGAGUGUGUGGCAAAGAAGGGAAAUUUAAGGUUCCUGACAUCAAAAUUCCAAAAGUAGAUGUAUCAUCUCAAGGUCAACCAGAGAGUGCAGAGAAAACAGAGGUCAGAAGACAAGGCGGCAACUUUCAAUUACCGAAAAUAACAAUACCAAAAGUGGAUAUAUCAUUACCAUACGGCAAAUCAGAUGACCCUCAGGCUUCAGGGUCUGUGGAAGUAGAAGGUGGGCAAUGUAAAAUGCCUGAUAUUAAGAUACCACAGGUUGCCAUAUCAUUACCAGAAAGUAGAACUGGAGAGUUUGAUACCAAAGAGAGAGAAUCUGGAGGAGGGCAUGGAAAACUCACAAUGUCAAAUGUUAAAAUCCCAAAACUAGAUAUAAGAAUGUCUAGAGAAGCAGACAUGUCAGAUCCUUCCACUGAUGCGAGCCUUAAGGAUUCGCAUAAAGAGGGUAAAAAGAUGAGGAUGCCUAAUGUGGAUCUGGAGCUGGAUCUUGGCUUAUCAAGAGAAGGAAAAAAGAAUAAAAAGAAGAAUGAACUUCCAGAUACUGAUCUGGAACCUGCCGCACCGAAAGAAAAAAUAAAAGGGCCAAAAGUUAAAGGUUCGAAAUUUAAUAUUGGAAUGCCAAAACUAAGAGUAUCUGGAUCAGAAAAUGACAUAAACAAGUCUGGAAAAACGGAUGCUAAAUUUCUAAAAGGAGCAAAAACUGAUGCAAACUUGAAAGCUGAUUUACAAGCACCAAAGAUUCCCGAACUUGAUUUUGACAUUGAGACUGCCCAAGCUGACACUAAUCAUUCUGAAGAAGAUAAAAAGCAGACUGGUAAAGUCAAAAUUCCAAAAUUUGGAAUACCUCUGCCUUUUUUAAGUUCACCUGAAGCCAACAUCAGAUCAUCUCAGGGAAAAGGUCACUCUAUAAACAUAGACUCUGAGGCAGAGUAUGAAAGCCCACAUAUGCCAAAAUUAACAAAAGCUGUAUUUGUUAUGGUGAAUCCACAAAUGGAGAACACUGCUAGUAUAGGUGGUGCAGCAAGUGCAGAAAUUGUAGAUGAGAAGCUCAAGCAGCCAAAGAUCAAAAUGAAGCCAAGUUUUGGCAAGUCUCGAUCAAAUGAAAAGGAGAAAGCAAUAUAUUGUGAAGAUGAGGUGGAAACUGAGGGAAAGUCAAAAACCUUUAAGCUUAAAUUGCCAAAAGUGACAUUUUCUUCUGGGCAGAGAGGAUCAUUUGAUGUAACACCAAGUGGGUCUGAUGAUGGAACAGGUCCAAGUCUAAAUGGUGACAAAGAUGAAAAAUCAAUGUUUGGAAAGCUUAAAAUGCCUAAAGUGUAGUUUUUCUCACCAUACUCAAAAGAUGCAAGUGAGGAAGAGGAAAUGGAAACAAGCCUGAAACUCAGGAAUGAGGCCUCGGGAGAAAGCAAAGAGAGCAAGGAGUCAAAGACAAUAUCAGGCACAAUGUCAUUCCCAGGUCUCAGGAAGAAAACAGAGAAGGAUGAGGAGGUGAGAAAGAUUAGCACUAUAGUAUCCUCGAAAGCAAAGACUGAAAUGUUGGCAGAAAGGGAGGGAUCAGAGUCUCCAGUACCCACAGUAUCAGCUGGAUUUGUCUCUGUAACGAAGAGUGAAGAAAGAGAGGAGACAACAUGGUUCAAAGUACCCAAAGUCACCCUUAGUCCCCAUUCUACUGGCAUCCUUAAUAUCACACCAGAAAGCUCUCCAAAAGGACGCAAGUCCUCUCUUCCUUGCUCUAGCGAGGAAGCCUCUGGAGGUUUCUAUGUGAAGAUGCCAAGCGUAGAGUUUUUGACCCGUGAAAUGCCCUCAGAACAUCUGAUUACUAAAACAGAGGGAACUCUUACUGUAGUGACUAAGACAACAAAGUAUACCGAAACAAAAAGUACCGGUUCGAAACAGUAAGAAUCUCAGUUACAGAACUGUGACAUACUUGUCAUGUCUCGGAGGUUUUAUUCUAUUUAAUGUAAAGAAAGCAAAAAUAUUUUCACCAGCUUUUGCAAGAAAAACAUAACUUAUACAUAAUGAAAAUGUUGAGAAUAUUAUUUAUUGUAGACCUUAUUUUCAUGUUUUGUAACUUGCCAACUUUUGUAACUUGCCACUCUGUAUAAACACAGGCACAAAUCUGUGUAACAUAGAUAGAUGCAAAGAUAUUUAAAAACAGUUUGUUUUUUUGCUCACGCUUUUCUUGUGCAGUCUUGAAUUACAUUUAUGCUGUAGAAUUUUACAGCAUUUUGGUAAUAUUGCUUUGCCUUUUCGUUGCCUGGUUUGUCUCUGUAGUUUUUGGUUGUUGUUAUGGAAUUGUGUUUAUUUUAAAUACUAUUAGAAAUACAUGUACUAUUUUUACAUAUGUAUAUGCAUGAUCUGUACAGAUAAGACACUAAAAUGAAAGCCUGUAAUGUUGAGUAUUUUUGUGAUCCAUAUUUUUGUCACUUUUAAGAUAAAUCCAAACAAUAUUAAGGUUUUUUUUUUCAUUCACAUUGUGACAUGCUGUACCAGAUAGCACUUCUCUGUUCAUGAGAAAGGCUCUGAAUUCUUCUGAACUGAAAACACUGAGUGUGAAAUGUUUUUCUUUUCUUUUUUUUUUAAAUUAACUCUUGUGUUGGUGAUGGAAUUAGUCUACAUGCAAGCAAUGCUGUUGUAUAUGUAUCAUAUUUUAGGCAGGUUUAAGUACAUGUGUUUGUAUGUGUUGCUUUUUUGAAACAGUCAUUUAGAUGAUGCUCCAUCUCCAUCUGAUGCAAAAAUAGAACAGUCAAAUAAAAUAUUAACAUUCUAAUGAGUGGUAACUAAUUAUUUCCUGAUCUUUUUCACUGAUUUCUCAUCAUUCUACUAAUGUGGCAGCACUAAUACAUGACAAGUAGUGGUCCAAUUCUGAUACUGACAUGGCAAGAAAAAUCUACAAACAACAGCAGGCAGCCUUCCCCAAGAUUGAAAUAUACAUUAAUAUUGAACAUAUCUAACAAUGUUUCAUGAAUGAUGAAACCUACAUCCAG